AUGGCUCUCCCAAUAUCAAAACUCUCAAUUCUUGCCAUCCUAUUUUUGGCAACGUGGGCUUCUUCCCGCCAACUUCUGAAACCGUCGAUGAUGGAGAGGCACGAGCGGUGGAUGUUGGAGUACGGACGCACGUACGAGGGCGAGGAAGAAAAGGCGGUGCGCUUCGCUAUAUUUAAGAAAAAUGUCGAGUUCAUCGAGGAGUUUAAUGCGGGGGGAACCCGGCCUUACAAGGUCGGGAUCAAUGCGUUUGCGGACCAGACCAACGAGGAGUUCACAGCCGCUAGAAACGGACUCAGAGUGCCGGAGGUUUGCGAGGCUACUCCCUUUAGUUAUGGGAAUGCCACUGCUUUGCCACCUACUAUGGAUUGGCGGAAGGAAGGCGCAGUCACCCCUGUUAAAGAUCAAGGCCAAUGUGGGAGCUGCUGGGCAUUCUCGGCAGUGGCAGCAACAGAAGGGAUCAACCAGAUAUCAACAAGCAAACUGAUAUCCCUCUCCGAGCAAGAAAUCGUCGACUGCGACAGAACGAGCCAGGAUCAAGGCUGCAGCGGAGGAUACAUGGAAGACGCCUUCUCCUUCAUCAUAAAAAAUAAAGGCAUCGCUGCAGAGUCCACAUACCCCUACACCGGCCGCGACGACACCUGCAACAAGAGUGAGGAGUCCCCCGAGGCCGCCAAGAUCUCCGCCUACAAGAAGGUGCCCGCGAACAGCGAGAGCGCGCUGCUCAAGGCUGUCGCCCAUCAGCCCGUAUCUGUCUCCAUCGAUGCAAGCGGGAUGGCCUUCCAGUUCUACUCUAGCGGUGUGUUUGCGGGCGACUGUGGGACUGAUCUUGAUCAUGGGGUCACUGCAGUGGGAUAUGGGGAAGAUCAACAUGGGACAAAGUUUUGGUUGGUGAAGAAUUCUUGGGGCACAAGCUGGGGAGAAGAAGGGUAUAUCAGAAUGGAGAGGGAUGUUGCUGCUAAAGGAGGAUUGUGUGGGAUUGCUAUGGAUUCUUCUUACCCUGUUGCUUAACUU